AUGGACGUGGAAACAAAGCGAGAUGUACAAGGUUACAUUAUCGGACAGUACAAGGCCUUUGAGAAGAUGGGCCACGAGCACAUCACCCCGACUGGCACCAGAACUAUCUUCGUUCUUGGCCAAGCACGGCAAGACAAAGAGUUUGAUAUACUAGACAAAGACAUGAAGGCCGACCUGAGGGUGUACGUCAACGAGGAUGAGGAUGCGGAUCGCCCAUGGCGUGGGGUGCGCGACUUUACGAGGAAGAUUGCGACGUGCGAGACUUGGGCGUUAAUAGUGCUUAAGAAUAGCAAGAAGGGAUUGGAUACCGAGACGCCUCAUCAGACCCGCUUGAUGCGCGCUCAUAGUGCGCCCUCCCUAGCUCAGUGCAUUGCGAACGCCAGCUUCGAUAGCGCCGGGUCAGGGGCUGACUCUGAUGCAGAAGAAGACGACAUAGGUCUUGAACUGAACAUCGAGAAUGCACUCUCAUCGUUUGCUAAAAAGGUCGAAGGGUUAGAGGAUGAGGCGGGAGCGCUGUCAAUCACGCCGUCAGGCCGUGCAUACUCUGAUGCCAGCUCAUCUACACCGUCGCCUCCCAAGGACAUCGAUAUAUCGUACCCCUAUGGACCAAAGCAAAACUCUAGACUUCGUCGUCCUAGCGGUAACCGUUCACUCGCAUCCUUGAUCGCUCACGCUGAAGACAGCCGUACGCCUUCGCGCUCGUCACUUUCUGCUUCGCUCUCUUCGUGUCCACUACCUACCGGUGCCACCUACAGUGUCGUUCACAAGCCCUAUUACGACCCAGACUUUGAGGGUCACAGCCCUUGCGCCACGCAUGAUGAGCGCGGGCACAUCAAGGACGCGGAUGAGAUCCCGUACGCUAAUCAAUCCGAAGCCACGGCUCGGAUCUGCCCUUCGUCUUCUAAGGGCACCCUGAAUAGCACGUCAUCCGUCUGGAGUUCAGUGUUCUCAAAAUGCAGUUCCAUGACAUCUAUUUCAUCUUACCGGACCAGCCGUCCACAGUCUGCACGAACUGAACAUCCUCGGCUCAUGAGCGCACGCGGCGUCGACAACCAUACUGAAAAGUGCGGACGUGGCUAUGAAGAAUCCGCGACGAAAGUAUGCAGUCCUUCUGUUGCAGGUAUUGUUCCAAAAAGCGAACACUUCCAAGGUUGUGCUUGUGGCACUGUGCGGGGUGAGAAGGAUGCAUUCAGUCUACCUGUUACUACUACCAAAGAAUGGUCUAGUGGGCUGCAGAUUCGGGAGGAUGAUAGCUGGCCCAACGCGCCCGAGCGCAUUGGAAGUGACCUUGAAGACGCCCAUAACUCUAUCAAGAGGAAUGAAUCUAAGGAUCGCGACGUGGAAGAGCUUUCACAGCUACGUGCGUCUCUAACGAUAGCUACGGAAAAUCAUGAACACAUGCGGCCUGAAGUCUCCGCCAACCGCCCGCAUAACGCUCCGUUGAUGUACGAGGAAGCCGACGAUUUCGUUGAAAACAUCGCCACUAACUCGGAUGUCGAUUCCGAAUGUUGGUCAGAAUCCUUGGAUGGUUGCACGGAGCCGCGUCGCAAGUGGACUAGCAAGAUAAAGCAUUGUCCCCAGAAAAUCCCCCAAAAGACAAAGCAGGCUACCCAAGACUAUGUCAAAGCGACGAAACGAUUCUCACGGACUGCUUGUCACUUGUUGCCAGCUGCGCUGUCGAGCCGACAUCCGUUCCAGAAGAUCGACAGCAUCAUUUAG